AGUGGACGGCGGCGGUUGGCGGGGCGCAACUCACCACGCAACGUGGCCCUCUGUUCCCGCGUUUUGAGAGCGCGAGCCAGGCAGGUGAGGUUGAGUGAGAUGGAGCCACGGGCCACCACUCCGCGCCUCUCAAGACAACCUCCGGCGGCCGCCCGUUGCCCCCUUUGCAGCGGCCAGACCAACACCUGCUGACGUCCAUCUCUGACACAACUCAACCAAGCAACAUCAACUCGCAUCUGACGCCCAGAUUACCAUCCGCAGCAGCUCGAUGGCGAUUGCUUUCGCUCUUUGUCAUCGACGCUUUACGCAACGACCAUCAUACGUUCCUGAUACCACAAAGGCCUCAGUCCCGCUCGUCCCGCCCGCCCGCCGGCCCGUACGUGCGCCCUGACCCGAGCCCACACUUCACUUUGCUGCGAGACUUCGACAACAUGGACCGCCAGUCAGCGGCAACGCCGCCGCCGCCGUCACAGGCUCCUCAGUCGCCUCCAUCAUCGUAUCACCGCGAUCGCGCAUUGAGGGCGACAAGCAGCAGCGGCAGCAGCAGCAACGGUAGCAGACCAGGCUCGCCCCCGAUUUCAGGCUCCCAGACAUCAUCGUUAGGCGCGGGAGGCAGCAGCCUCUUUGGCUGGGUGAAAUCGGCAUUCUCUGCCCCCAAUCGCGCUGGCUCUUCUUCGCCGAGAUCAGCAACUCCUAAGCAGCUCGAUACGGCGCCGACGACGUCAGCAACUCCCGCUGCGUCAGGCAGGACGAUGUCAGGUCUGUCAGGCAAAUCGUCGCUGCCAUCACGACACCUCGAGGCUGAGUUUCAGCGACGGGGAUCAAAUGUCUCUGGGUCGUCGAUUGGAGACGGCUCGUCGCUUGGACAUGGCUCCAUCGAUGAAGAUGAAACUGCAGUCACAGACUCGGACGAGGACGAGGAGCUCUACAUUCCCUUUUCUUCGUCAGACCCAGUCGACAUAGCGGCAAACGCGGCGGCGAAACCAGCUGGGAACGACGAUGCGGGCGCAUCUGCCCCUACUGGCGUCGUCCGUCCGACUGCAAGGCGGACAGUGAGCUUGGAUCAUGGAGACAAGGAGGAGCUCGACGCAGAAGUCGCUCGAUUGAGCCUGGCAGCAAGAGACAAAUCGCGUCGACGCCCACAGGACGGAGUACGCCCGACCACAAGCCGCGCAUUGACAGUCGAUGAAGCGCAAACGGGUGCCGUCGUCUCGGACGCUCGCGCCGCAAUGGAGCCUCCGAGCCUUGUGCUUACUCCACCAGAUAGCAGAAGCUCUGAAGAGAUCACUUCGCCCCUCGUUGCCGGCUGGUCAAGCUCGGACUCGUCCUCUGAUGCGCAAACAUAUGAAAGAAGUGCUGCCGCAGGUGACGGCGAGAGCAUAGAGGCAGCCACAGGAGAAGUCCCGCGCCCAACGAAGGAGAUGGUCGUUUUGGGCAGCAGAGCAGCUGCGAUGCGGUCGAUGAAGGAAGAGGACGAGGACGAGGACGACGCCGAGACAAGUCCCAUCGCUGCGGCCUCGGCGGAAGAGUGGGACGAAUCGAGAAGCAAAACGCCGAGAGUACUCGCAGACAUUCUGGGCCAGCCACCUGCCGCGCCACGCCUACCCUCAAACAUGCCUGCAUACAAGGGUGGAGAUGACCUUGAAGACGUAACAACGCCGACGGACGAGUUCCCCCAGCAACAACGCGAUCUCAGCGCUGUUGCUCAGGAGAUCAGUGACUCGGCAGCGCCGACGCCAAAGCCAGAUCAAGGAGGAAGAAACUUCUCGACCGGACAGGAGAGUGGCCAUCAGCGCUGGUCGGCAAGCGAGCCAGGCUACGACGCUUCGAUCCUCAAGGCACCCAAGGCAGUUGCUCCGGCUCGUCGACGAUUCUUUGGCGGCGGGCGACGACGUGCCGACAGCGCCGAGAAAUCCUUCGAGUCUGUCACUGCUGGAGACGAUGCUGCGCAGGCAGAUGACAGCGGCAGUGGAGCUGAUGCUGUGCCGCGGAGAAACAGAGUUCUCUCAGGCUCAUCCUCAGCUGCGUCCUUCUGGCGUAGGGCAAGGAAGCCUUCCGAAACCAGCCCACGUCCAAGCACGAGCUACCACUCCAUGUCGGCGUCCUCAAGCGCUGCGUCCGGUAUGAGCAUCGAGAUCCCAGACUCAGAGACGGCCAACUCGUCAGUCUCUGGCAGUCGUGCGCCCUCUAUCGCUGCAAGCAGCACGAGCGCAUCUUGGGCGCCAGCUCCGACGAAAAAGGUCAAAAUCAAAGCCUCAGGCGGCGGCCUAUGCGGUGGUCUCAACCCGCGCAAAAUCAAAAGCAGAGCAAAGGGCAAGUCGAGCGUCGAUCGCCAAUUCAGCCGUCUCUAUCUCGCGCAAGAGCUCGAUCUCGGCUUGCUUUCACCAGAAGAGAGCAGUGUAGCGCCCAGCGCUUCUUCCUCGAGCACACGCGUCGACGAGCCGCUCAAUGCCUCUGUCAGCGGCGAAUUUGGCCAGCUCAAACGCGAUGCCGCUGCCCCGCCAAACGAGCGUCCGCGUCUAGGCUCAGCGAACAGCCAAUCAAGCAUGCAAUCCUCCCUCUCCACGUCUAGCACGACAGCGGCCUUCUCCACUACGUCGCAUAGCACCACGGGAUCAUACGGCGCGCAUGGCAAGAAAAAGGCGACUUGGGCGCUCAAAUUCAGCUUGGACGGCAAGUAUCUCGCUGUAGCAGGGCAGGACGCUGUUGUGCGGGUAUUCCAGGUACUGGACAAUGUGGAGAAGAGAGAUGCGGAGCUGAGGGAGAGCAGGGCGAGGGCGGAAGCAUUGAUCUACGCUGAGGGCAGCUUCUCGGCCAGCCACGACUCCUUCGGGUCGCUUCGCAGCAAGAACUCUGCAGGCGCACCCUCCUCAUCCGCCUCAGGUCCCGCCGGAAGCUUCGGCCGCAGUAAAAGGGGCAGCACCAAGGAAGACCCCUCCCUCCUGCCCCUACGGCACAUCCCCGUCUUCGCGUCCAAGCCCGUCCGCGAGUUUCGCGGCCACACAUCCGACGUGCUUAGCUUGGACUGGAGCAAGAACAACUUCCUUCUCUCCAGCUCAAUGGACAAGACAGUCAAAGUGUGGCAUCUCAGCAAGCCAGACUGCCUGAUCACGUUCGGGCAUGGCGACUUUGUGACCUCGGCGGUAUUCCAUCCCAAAGAUGACAGAUUCUUCCUCAGCGGGUCGCUGGACGGGAAGCUGCGACUGUGGAACAUUGCGGCGAAGCGUGUUCAAGCAUCAGCGGACGUGCCUGGGCUCAUCACCGCGACAAGCUUUUCUGCUUCAGGCAGUACGGCAAUAGCGGGCACCUUCUCAGGCGCUUUGCUCUUCUACGGCACGGAGGACCUUACUUACCAGUCAUCGAUUGCCGUCCGCAGUUCAUCUGGCAAGAAUGCUCGAGGUCGCAAGAUUACCGGAAUUGAAGCAGUCGGCGCUCCUCAGCACCCGACCACCUCUGGCUCAUCGUCCUCAUCGUCGCGCGUAGAAGAGAAGAUCCUGAUCAGCAGCAAUGACUCUCGCAUUCGGGUCUAUUCCCUCACGGACAAGAGACUCACGGCGAAAUAUCGUGGCUCUACGUACCUGAACCGCACGAGCCAGAUCAGGGCAAGCACGGCGGAUGAUGCGUAUGUGGUUGCCGGCUCAGAGUCUGGGGAAGUGUACAUCUGGGAUGUCACGAGGGAUGAUGUUGGCGGCGGUGGAGCGCGAGAGAGUAGUCGCAACGAUGGAAGCUCCAGCGGCGGCGGUGGAGGGCUGUCGAGUCUUCUCGCCCGCCGUUCCAACAAGGGAGCAAGCAGUAGCGGGGCAAGCGUAAAGUCGUCUUCCAGCAGCGCUAACGUCGCUUCUGCCUCCUUGCGCAGCUCGGAGGUGUGCGAGUACUGGACGGCCGCGGAAGGCGCGAGGCCGGUCACCGUAGCACUGCUGGCGCCUUUGAAAACACAUGCGUACUUGUGCGAAUGCGAGGACCCCGUGGAGCUGCACAGGGCGACUGUCGAUGCUGCGGGAGGGAGAGAAACGGGCGCCACGACGGCCCUCUCUGCGCUAGGUCUCGCAAGCGCCUUGGGAGCUGCGAUGCCUACUCCACUCCGCUCUCAAUCACCAACAAGCAGCAGUGACGGCGGGCAUCCCCGCGGCGGCGGCCAGAAUGGCAGCACCACCAGCCUUGGCAGUACCAAAGGGGGCUCCUCCUCACCUCAGCCUCCAGGCUGGAAUCCCAGGGAGAAUCGUAUCGUGGUCAGCGUGGAUGAGAGUCAGGUGCUCAGGGUAUGGAGGGCACUGAGGGAUGAGAAGGCUGUUGUUGAGUGAUGCGAUGGAGGACAAGGGAG